UUCCCCGUUGCCAAACUGGACGUACCGAUAUGGCGCCAGCGAAAAAAAGGCAAAGCGAAGGCGAAAUUGGACGAGUCAACUCAGUCCUUGCAAGCCUCCGCUAACAAAACUCAAAACGACAAUUUCCCUUCAUGUAUUCGCUUCGUUUCUUCCACCUCGGUGGCCAUCACCAUCCACGCCAAGCCCGGCUCCAAAGUGUCCUCUAUUACAGAUGUGAGUGAUGAGGCUGUGGGAGUGCAAAUUGACGCGCCGGCGAAGGACGGCGAAGCGAACGCGGCACUUCUCGAGUACAUCAGCUCGGUUUUAGGGGUGAAAAGGAGGCAAGUGUCUAUAGGUUCUGGAUUUAAAUCAAGGGUAAAAAUUGUGGUUGUCGAAGAGUUUACUCCACAAAAUGUUUUUAAUGCUUUGGACAAAGCGUCAAAGUCCUAAACUAAAAGGUGAAAUAAUAGAUGUGCAUCUGUUUGCUUGAAUUCCUUUCUUCAUCCCAACAAAAGCUGGAUAAUCGGGAUGAUUCAUUCAGCAGUUGACUCUGAAAUAUUGGCAUGAUGAAGAUUAGGAUGCUUCAGAACAGGUAUUGGUUGUCAUACUUCACCUGCAAAAGGUUAUCUGUAUUAGUUAGAGUUGUUACUGCAAGAGUACUGUAGUUUAAUUUUACUAUGUAUUGUUUUCUAAUUAGGUCGUUUUUAUCAUGAAUCCUUUCCCAUCUAUUAUCUUCUUCUCUUCAAUUUAUUUUUGGUUGAGAUUUUCUUUUGAAUUUAUAUCAAGGAUAAAAUACAGUCACCACACGAUGAAUGUAGCUAUGGUCCAAUUAUUUA